UGAUGGGAAGACGAAGAGCGUGCAUGGACCGCCAUAUCACCGUUCCAGAACAUCCCCAGACCCCCCGAACUACCAUCACUCAAAACCUCCUUGAAGUGUUGAAAACCUAAGGCUGUAUGCAGACUAAGAAAGUCUGACAUACGGCUAAUUUUCGUCUCACACAGGAAGACAAUUUGGGGACGAUUCUGGGAUAUCAAAUUCUUCAAAGCCCUCUUGGUUGUAUCAUUCCAGAUUCCCCUAAAAUUCCAACAGAGUAUAUCCAUGUUCAUGGUAGGCAGUAACCAGCGAUCCCGAAGAAUAGACGCAAACCCUAGGUCAGAAAGAAAUAAAGUAUUAUGUAAAGUUGUAAGCAAAUGCCUAUGUUCUGUCGGGGUAAAAGAUUCUGACAAUGUAAUCGCUAGAAACAAAAACAAGUAUCUGAUAUUUGGAGUCUCCACUUAUUGGGUAGUUUUGUUCUUCUUUCGAUUUUAUAGUUCCUGCCGGUGCUUAUAGGCAAGCAGCAAUCCUUAUGCCUCCAGAUCUAUCAAGAAAGAUGUCUGCAGAAAUGGGAGAUUCAUUCUUCUCAUUCUCUGGCAGGGAUUGGAUGGAAAUGUCUGAUUGGAUCAAUGGGGGAUUUUUUUCUCUUGGAGUUUAUAACCUUCAGCUUCUCCUCUUGCUGUUAUUCGAUCUGUUUCAAACAUCUUUUGUAAGGACCGUGCAGCUGAUUCUUGUCCUUUAACUUAUGUAAUGCAUGCUAUGGCUUGUGAAAGGCUUGUGCAUUUGAAUAGUAGUAUAAAGUCUUUUGAGUAUUUGAUUGAAAACGGUGACAAUCUGGUGCAAGUUGUGGAUAUCGAUUCUUUGAGGCAAGAGGCAGCAGGACUCACUGGUUUUAUGAUGGAGCACCUCUCAUUAGUGUCUGAAGAUCAACAGCAAAUAUUCACUUCUGCUGAUACGACUAAUAACAAGAUGGUUAUCUACGAAAGUGAUGAAUGGGAUUUCAGUAUUUGCUCUGUGAACAAGAAGUCAUUGCCAACGUACUGCACUUUGGUGGGUUGUUUGCCAAAAUAUUCAUGCAUGGUGCCCUCAUGCCUCUAAAAAAGAUUUCAAGAGAUUCCUCUCUUUUAAUCCUUACUUCCCUUCCCUACUUAAGAAGCAGCUUUGGGAUGGUUAUAGCGCACAAGAACCAUGAAGCUGACAGGCUGAAGAAUGUGACAUUGCAUCAGAUCUCAUCACUUAUUGAUUCCAGUCUGCAUGAGCAAAAAUUUGUCCGCAGGUAUUUUGCAAAGAGGUUCUGCCGUGCAUUGGAGAAAUCUACAUUACCAUUCAUCAGUGACUUUCCAUCCGGCAAUGUUAAAUUCAAACCAUCACCUAAUUGGCCGAAUGUCUUAAGUGAUUUAGAGAACUCAUCAUUGGCUAUUUCCUGCAGCAAACUCAAUGUAUUUGAUUGUUCCUCAGCCUCAAGUUGCAAGGAUUGUUGUUGGUGGCUUAUUAGAAUUAUCAGAAUGCUUCAUACUCAACUUAUUAUUAUGAGCUCUUCAGAUUGUUUGUGUCCUGUCGGAAGGCCUUAAUAUGUACAAUUACUGCUUGUGAGGAUACAGUAGCCAG